CUCAGGUUCCUAGGUCGAUGCUCAGCCACUGAGCCACGCCAGCCGGGCGUUCAACCACGUAUCUAGAUGUCCCAGAUGCCAAGCCCCAUCUCAUGCCCGAGAGCGUCUGCGUAGACCCAACAUAGUCUCUGCCCCCGGCAGGGCAUGGAGUGGGGGUUGUCAGGGAGAUGAUUUUAAAAAGCCGUGCACACAUCACAGCCAACCAGCUCCCAUCCUGAACACUCAGUGAGGACAACACAGAACAAACAGGAGGAGGCAGAAUCCGGACGCACAGUCAGGGCCGCCAAGGGCAGGUACGAACACGAGGGAAGCCCAUCGGACCUCGGGCCUGACUUCAUUCUGGCCAAUCAGACGGGGUCCAGCUUGUCCUGUCACCACCCUCACUGUAGGGGAGAGGGAGACUGAGGCACCCCAAGCCGUGCCCAGGGAACCCAGAACGGUCUGGCUUCCUGUCCCGGUAACAAACAGUCGUCCCCCCGGAGGUCAUCCGUGUAACCAGGGCCGAGUCCCUUGCCCACGCUGGCCCUCACAGUUUUCCCGUCUUUGGAAUGGGCGGGCGUAAAUUUGCCGUCGUUCAUCAACUGUGCCCGGCACAGCUCUGCUCCCCGCAGGGGCCCAGGAAAUGCCACGCUGAGGUUCGCAGCUGUUGGGUUUGGCCUGGGUCCUGGGCCCCAGGCUCUGGCACCAUAGCUCCUUCCACCUGAAGGCGGGGGUUCUGGUCCUUGGUUCCUGGUCACCACGGACACCUGCUCAGUGCCUCGCCUCCUCUCCCCCCAGAACGGCCUGCAGAGCAGCCAGCUGUUCCUGCGAGAGGCCGGAGGAGGAAGGAAUGGACGCUGGGCUCCUGGACGAGGGGCUCCCGGAGCCGGUGGCCUUUGAGGACGUGGCCGUGGACUUCACGCAGGAGGAGUGGGGGCGGCUGACGCCCGCCCAGAGGACCCUGCACCGCAAGGUGAUGCUGGAGACCUGGGGGCUCCUGGUCUCUGUGGGACCGUGGCUCCUGAAACCCACCCUCAUCUCGCUGCUGGAGCAGGAGGCCGGGCGGUGGCUGGGGGACCGGGAGGUUCCACAAGGUGUGUGCCCAGACUUGGAAACGAAAUUGAAAACCAAACUGUCAGCUGCAAAGCAAGACGCCUCUGAGGAACUAUCCAGCCUUGUCCUGGUAGAAGGGUUCCUGUGGGACGGUCUGUGGAGCGCUCAGGGUGAAGACGCCGCGGGGCACCGGGAACAGAGCUGUGAGAGCCUGGAUGGCCGUGGGGAGCAGGCGGCCUGCACACCUGUGAAGCCAUCUGUUCAGCAGCAGCAGCCUGGGAAUGGGUUUGGGGAAAACUUAACUCUGAGCCCUGAGCUCCCAAGUCGACCCGUGACUCCUGAAAGACAAGACUCUCAUGCACGGAGAAUGCACAGAAAAAAGGAGAAUCCAUGCUCAAAACCGAACGCGCAACAGAAAACCUCCGCAAAAGAGAAAGCCUACAGGUGUCUGGAAUGUGGAAAGGCGUUUGCUCGCAGCUCUGCACUCACUGAACACCAGCGGACGCACACGGGAGAGAGACCGUACGAAUGUCAGGAAUGCGGGAAAGGCUUCCGGAACAGCUCGGCACUCGCCAAACACCAGAGAAUCCACACUGGCGGGAGACCCUAUAGGUGCGCGCACUGUGGGAGGACCUUUAACCAAACUCCCCCACUGAUCCAGCACCAGAGAACUCACACGGGCGAGAAGCCCUACGAGUGCAGCGAAUGUGGCAAGUCCUUUAGCUUUCGGUCCUCCUUCAGCCAACACGCACGGACCCACACGGGCGAGAAGCCUUUCGAGUGCAGUGAGUGUGGGAAGGCCUUCCGGCAAAGUAUCCACCUCGCCCAGCACCUGCGGACCCACACCGGGGAGAAGCCUUACGCGUGUCCUGAGUGCGGCAAGGCCUUCGGUCACAGCUCGUCCUUGACGAAGCACCAGAGAAUCCACACUGGAGAGAAGCCCUACGCGUGUCAUGAGUGCGGGAAAGCCUUCACCCAGAGGACACCACUGAUUCAGCAUCAGAGGACGCAUACGGGCGAGAAGCCCUAUGAGUGCAACGAGUGUGGAAAAGCCUUCAGCCAGAGCACACUCCUGACUGAGCAUCGCAGGAUCCACACAGGGGAGAAGCCCUACGGGUGCAACGAGUGUGGGAAAACUUUCAGCCACAGCUCGUCACUCAGCCAGCACGAGCGGACACACACGGGAGAGAAGCCCUACGAGUGCAGUCAGUGUGGCAAGGCCUUCCGGCAGAGCACACACCUCAGUCAACAUCAGAGGAUCCACACCGGGGAGAAGCCCUAUGAGUGCAGUGACUGUGGCAGGGCCUUCACCCACAGCUCAUCUCUAACCCAGCACCAGCGGACCCACACCGGGGAGAAGCCCUAUGAGUGUGAUGGGUGUGGCAGAGCCUUCAGUCAGAGCUCCCUCCUCACAGAACACCAGAGGACCCACACCAAAGAAAAACCCUACACGUGCAACGAAUGUGGGCAGUCCUUCAGUCACAGCUCAUCCCUCAGCCAGCACGAGAGGACACACACCGGGGAAAAGCCAUACGAGUGCAGGGACUGUGGGAAGGCCUUCACACACAGCUCCUCCCUGACCAAGCACCAGAGAACUCAUACUGGGUAGAGGCACCUGCAGGAGCUGGGCCCGUGGCUUAAGCCAUAGUUCAUCCCUUCCUAAUUGAGCCCGUUUAUUCUGAUGAGCAAUGGGACAUACACAGGCCUUCACACACAGUACACUCCUCAGGUCAUCCUAACAGUAGGGAAAUGUGGAGAUGCCCAACGUGGAGGACCUUCAGUCAUGAGUGCCCACUAACAUGACAGAAGAGAGAAGUGGGAAAAUGUCGUGAGUUUGGACGUGACUUAUGUCCACAGAUUCACAAGGUUUUAACUGGUGAAAACCCAACAAGUGCCUUUCAUAUGUAAGAACCAAGGGCAGUGAGACUUGAUCAUUAAUUCACAUUCUAUUCUUUGGGUUGGGGAGUGUUUAUGAGUGGUGUCAAUUGACGGAUAUAAACACACGCAAGUGCAUACUCUGCUGUCUCACCACAAAGUUUUCUGGUCUGUGUAUAAAUCACUUACCUGGUCCAAGAACACAGCUAAUGUUUGAGUUUCCCCUGAAAUAUUUGUCCCAAGUGGGAACGAUCAGGCUCUGAAUGCUAGUGAUGAUGUUACCAAUUCUCCUUGACUUCCCUAAUUGCAUCUGUGCACCGUGUCUUGCCCCUUCAGAACAAACCUAGGGUGCUUUGCCCCACCUUUACAAGACAAAAUGAUACCAAUAUUUUAAAAAUAAAAUCAGAUUUUAUCUCUUAAAAAAAAAAGAUACAUGGCAACCAGUCUCACAGAUUUGAAUCCCAUGUGAAGUAUCAGUGCAUUUUAAACAGAAUUAAAUUAUCUGCAUUAUUUUGCAAUAAAUCAAUCCUUUUCAGUAGGUUAGGAGUGAUUCGAGAAAGCAAUUCUGAAACUUUUUUUUUCAAAAUAUAUUUUAUUGAUUUCUUACAGAGAG